AUGGACUCCCAAGCUACCGGCAAAGCUCUGCACAGCCGCAUAAACACCGAUAUCACGCAGUUACUACAACGAUUUGAGAAUAUACUUGCGCCUUCAAGGGUCGAAAACCCAGAUAAUGCCUACACAGCAGUUGGCGUCUACAAUCUCAAUGUCGAAACGACAGCUCUCGUCCGCGCCGCAGAAGACCUCCUCUCCCUCACGCGUUUCAUGAAAGAAGCAUGGCUCUUCGAGAAACUCAACACUGUCGGUGAGGAUGAGCAUGACACUCGGCGGAACCAGAAGCUGGAAGAAGAUGUGGCUGCUGUCAAGGAGGCGGUUCAGAGAGGGCUUGUAGGGGAUAAUAAGACUACAUAG